CUGCUAAUCUUCGUGUCACUUAAUUUCACGUUUGUAGCUCGCAUAAAUACAGCACACGUUUGCCGGUUAAUCUAAUGCCGAAAUUGAAGGAACCGCUAUGACAAAUCUGAGGUUUAUUGCGAGGAAACUCGAGUGAAAGAGAAAGAGGAUGGGCAACAGUCACUCUGAGCAAGAACAGCCCAAAGAUUCAUCUUUGGGGGAGGAUAUUGAGAGAGAAAAAACAAUUGAGCCAGUGGUACUGGAAAAGACUGAUGAGCCUACAAAGUCCAUCUCCAAAACCAGAGAUGCUCCUCCCUGCUCAGAUCAGUUUGAUCCUAUGUCCGAUGAUCUGUUUCAGAGCGCACUUAAAUCAUCUAAUAUAGGGCAAGGUCCAUGUGGCCCACAGGCCUCAGUUCCAUUUACUAAAGACCUUCCUAGGACCCCAUCACCGGUGCCUACAUUUUCAUCUGUUCCUGAUUCUCCUAAAAUGCAACAUGGGGAUCACAGGGUCAUUGACAUUACCCCUGACCUGACUAAAAGCCCUGUUCGACCCCUGGCCCCAGAACACAAGCAUCCAAGAUCAUCCAAGUCACAGAAACGGACUCCUGCAGCCUUCACUUCUGCUCAUGCACCUCCUCCACCAUGUCAACACAAGGACAUGUCCGAGAAGGCUCCUACCAAGCCUCACGCGGUAGAGCAGAAGGCAGCCGUAAGAAACCCCACCGAGACCUCCACUGCUCCAGCUAAGACACAAGGGCCUACCAAAGAACAGAGCACUACCAAGGCCCCUUCAGAGACUGCUCCUGCCCCUAGUGGUGAAAGUGAGAAGAACACUGCAGGAUCCCCAGAGUCAGACAAAUCUCUCUCUUUCAACAUGCCACCCAACUUUCCUCUCACCAAGAAGACCUUAGAGAAGCUGAUAGAGAACAGGUUUGAGUACAUCAUGAAACAAGAGAGUAUCCCUCCGCCUCCUACUCCACACAGACAAGCCGUGGUGAGGAGGGCCCUCAACGGAGAGCCCUACAGUGAAGCAGUCAAAGGCCCGGUAACUAAGGUCAACGCUGCUCGCAGAGAGGCCAAGGCCCAGAAGAAAGCUCGAGUCUCCAAAUCAUCAAACAAGCAAGCUGUGGAUCCUCCAGGAAAUGACUCCAGCUUCGCUACACCAAGCCAGCCAUCGAGCAACACCUCAGAAAUCCCAACACCCAAUGCGCCGACGGUCACCCAUGAGCCUUUUAAACUGUCAGUUCAUGCAGAGCCUUUUAAAUCCAUGGUUUACCCUAUGUUUAAUUACCCCACCGCUACACCAGUGCCUAGCACACCACCAGUUACCCAGGUGCAUAGCACAGCUACCCUGGUCGACACCAUACUGGCUGCAGAUUCAGGGCGCCGCAAACAUACCACGAUCCCAGUACCUAUCAAAAACCACUCCUCGAUUCAGGUGCCGAAACAGAAAAAAGACCUGGGAAACCAAGCUCAAGUGAACUCUCAGGCGAAAGCAGCUGAUUCACAGGGGACAAGAAUUGCCCCAAACAGCACCGUUAAACCAGCUGGCAGCAGUGUGCCCCACUGCUGUCCCAAGUCAGAGCAAGGACGUGCCUUCACAGUCAAAACACGGCUCCAGCUUAAGUCAAAGGCUCAACCGAUAAAUGGAAAUCAGGGCCCUCCUGAAAACACUGAAGCGCCAUGUGGCCUCACCAAACCAGUCAAGCCUCCCUCAGAGAAGAAGAGUUCCCAGCAGGGUAGCAGCACUCUUAUAAAGGAGAAGAAGAGUGAACCUGACCCACUCAAAACCACUCAGGCCAAAUACGAAGCAGAGUCCGAGAUAUUGAUGGAAAGAUUCAGGAAGUACUCUACUGAAAAAUCGACAAAAGACAGUACUCAGGUGACUGUAACCACCCACUCUGAAUAUCAUUUUUACUGUGGUGAUGAAAUACCCGAUAUGAAAUGUCCCUGUCCUCCUUUUACUAUGCCAAAGAUGGGUGACACAUCCAUGUAUUCAGGCUUUGACGCCUUCAUGGAGUUUUGCAAAGACAACCCAACUACCCCUACGGCUGUUGAAACACAAACCAACCAAUCAGCAACAUCAGAUGUCAGUCCUCCCACAGCCCCAGAGACAGCUCAGGGUGCUACCACAGUCACUUCUCAAACCCAGAAAAGAGAACAGCCGCCGUACAAAGCAGCCGGUCAAGACAAAUCAAACAAGGCCACGCAGGAGGACGACGAGAAGCGAGCCAGACCGGAUGUCAAGGAGAACAGAAGGGAUGAGAAACCGGAUGAGGCGUCUCCUGAGCGCCCGUCCCGUCCAGAGGGCCUCUGGCACCCCUUCACUGUGGACCAGUCCUGCUCCCGCACGGCACACUGCCAGCACAACAAUACAGCGCUGCCACGCAACGUCACUAAGUGGUUGAAUGUAAGCCGGAACUACCUGUGUGAACCUCGCUGGGUCACCACGGCAACACUAGCAGCUUCCUUAGCUCUGAAGGAGAGACUCGGGGGAGGGGAGUGUGUCCUGUAAGAAGAGCCCCGGCAAUACUCAGUCAUUCACAAAAAAUUUAAUACUGCAAGCAAAUAAAGAAUGAAUAAAGAGUUAUGGAGUCGAACAUUGCAAGAAACCAAACAGGAAGACUUGAUCAGGAAAAAAAGGUUUAUUUUGGAACCAUUCUUAUCAAGAGAGAAACAUUUGUAUUUUCCAGAUCAAUCUGAUUACAAAACAUCUUGUGGGGACAGGUAGAUACUAAAACACCCACAAACUUUAACAGCAAUUCUCUUUGUCAGUUGCUAGGAUACAAGGCAAGGGCAUUGAAAUUGAGUUCUGUGAGCACUGCCAAGGAAAAACCAUUAACUUUGUAUACACAAUGAGGUGCUUAAACUUAGUACAACUGAUUACUGAAUACCAAAAUACUUGGUUUAAUUCAGUAAUUCCCCAUUAUUAUGUGUGACACUGAAAGGCAAAAGUUAUUAUAGUCACUAAACUGGAGAAGAAUAUUAUAUUUGUAAUUAGACUGAGAUUGGACCGUUUCUAACAGUCAUAACUCAACUUGACCAAAUUGAAUAAUUUUCUGCCAUCAAAA